UCGUAACGGGUUGUCUGCUCGACAGCUGAGAGAAGCAACGGGUCGUAAUUGUUACAACUUUAGUUUGGGAAUUUGUUUUUGGAUUUAAAAUGAACAGAGGAUUACAGAUUUUGUUGCAGAAAAAUGCCAAGAUUAUCAGGCCUUUAAUCAAACCUAUCAUUACGACACCAGUCAGGAAUUCAGGAACGUGGGUUUAUCGUUGUUCAGGACACCAACUUCUUCCAAAGAAGCAUCAUAUGGCUGCUGAAUUGUUGGGGGCAGUUAUGUGGUAUUGGAUCUUCAUUCAUCUGUGGCAUGAGCCGGAACAUAUUGUGGGUGAUUUUCCAUACCCUGACCCUUCCAAAUGGACAAAUGCAGAACUUGGGAUUCCUGACAAGUAACUUGGAUAGAGUUAACAUUUCAGGUUCGAUGUAAAAUGUAAAAUCAGGUGGUUGGUAGCAAAAAAUAAAUUUAAAGAAAAA